GCGGGGCAGCUGAGGACCGGGCCGCUGGCCAGUGUGCGGUUUGGGGUGUUCGGCCUGGGCUCGCGGGCGUACCCCCACUUCUGUGCCUUUGCGCGGGCGGUGGACACGCGGCUGCAGGAGCUGGGCGGCGAGCGGCUGGUGCCGCUGGGCGAGGGCGACGAGCUCUGCGGGCAGGAAGACCUCUUCCGAGACUGGGCACGGAGCAGCUUCCAGACCGCGUGUGAAUCGUUCUGUAUCGAGGGUGCAGUAGAUACGGGCACACGCACGGACACGGACAGCUCUCCGGACACUCCCGGCGGCUGGAGUCCCGACACGUGCCGGAUCUCCGUGGUGGCUGAGGGUCCGGAGCUGGUCACAGCUUUGUCGCAGCUCCACCGCAGGAAGACGGUGCAGACACGUCUGCUGUCCCGGCGCAACCUACAGGCGGCUGAGUCCGGUCGGCGUACGGUGCUGGUCGGCCUGGCGCUGCCCGCGGGGCUGAGCUACCAGCCCGGGGACCAUGUGGGAAUCCAUCCCGAUAACGCGGAGGACCAGGUACAGCGGCUGCUGCAGCGUAUGGAGAGCAUGCCCCCACGAAAUGACCUGGUGCAGCUGGAGCGGCUGCGAGACGGGCCUCAUCCAGGCCGCGGGCGGAGCUGGGUGCCGGAGCCCCGGCUGCCCCCAUGCACGGUGAGCCAGGCACUCACCCACCUGCUGGACAUCACUUCCCCUCCGAGCCCGGACCUGCUGCUGUUGCUCGCCUCGCUCAACUCUGACCCUCAGCAGCAGCAGCGGCUAAUCACCCUCGGCCAGGGCGUUGUGGAGUACGAGCAGUGGCGCUGGGCCGGCCCGUCGCUGGCCGAGGUUCUGGAAGAGUUCCCCGCAACGCGCGUUCCCGCCGCGCUGCUGCUGCUCCACCUGCCGCUGCUGCAACCUCGCUACUACUCCGCCAGCAGCUGCCCGCUCACCCACCCCGGAGAGCUGCACCUCACUGUGGCCGUGGUGGAGUACCGGGCCCAGGGAGGCUCGGGCCCAGUACGUCACGGAGUCUGCUCCUCCUGGCUCAACCGCAUCAGUCCCGGAGAUCUCGUCUGCUGCUACAUUCGCAGGGCACCCCUGUUUCGGCUGCCGGAUGACCCCCGGGUUCCCUGCGUGCUGGUCGGGCCCGGAACUGGCGUUGCCCCCUUCCGUGGCUUCUGGCAGCAGCGGCUGUUCGAGAUCCAGCACCGAGGGCAAGCCCCAUGCCCCAUGACGCUGGUGUUCGGUUGCCGUCGCUCCGACCAGGACCACAUUUACCGGGAGGAGAUGCUGGAGGCGAGAGACAUGGGGGUCUUCACGGAGAUCUGCACCGCCUACUCCCGUGACCCUCUGCUGCCGCAGGUCUAUGUGCAGGACGUGUUGCGGGAGCGACUGGCGGAGCAACUGUACCGGUCGCUGCACACCCUGCGCGGCCACCUGUACGUGUGCGGGGACGUGACCAUGGCACAGGACGUGUCGCGGGCGGUGCAGGAGAUCCUUGCCGCCCAGGGAGGGCUCAGCCUCAGCCAGGCAGCCGCCUACAUCACCCGGCUCAAGGAGGAGAACCGUUACCACGAGGACAUUUUCGGAGUGACGCUGCGGACCCGCGAGGUCACCACCAGAGUCCGUUCCACGUCCUUCACCCGCUGGCAGGAGGCCAAGGCGGGGUCCGGCUAUGUCUAGACCAGUGGUUCCCAACGUGGGGUGUACGCCCCACAGGGGGGCAAUCUGAUUUUUAAGGGGGGAAAUUGAGCGCGACUGAGGUCUGGGUCCAAAUUCUCGAUUUUUAUUUUUUAGGAUUUUAGUAAACAGAUGUAGUUUGUGUUUCAGAUGUUAUUUUGAGUAAAUAAUUUUUUUGGG